GAUCACGUGAUUUGAAGAUGGCGGCCUGCAUGUGAAAGUCACACUCCACCCCACAUUAAUCGUUUACUCGGUGAAUCUGUGAGAAAUAAACCUGAUAUCUGCUUUAAUACUUUUCUUAAUAUCAUAUCUCCUAUAACAUGGACGCUGACGGACAGCUCAGAAAUUUGAGAGAUUUUCUCCUGGUUUACAAUCGAAUGACAGAGAUCUGUUUCCAGCGAUGCUCAAGCAACUUUAACUACAGAAAUCUAACAAUGGAUGAGGAACGUUGCACGGACAACUGUGCUGGUAGACUAAUCCGCUCCAAUCAUCGGCUCAUGGGCACGUAUGUGAAGCUGAUGCCAGCCAUGGUGCAGCGGCGUAUGGAGGAGAUGGAGAGCAAGGCUGCAGAAGCAGCAAAGGCAGCUGAGGCUGCGAGUCCAGCACAGCCAGUCACACAGAUGCCCACAACUUCUGCUUCUGCCCAGGCAGUGUCACCAAUAACUGAUGCUGUCCCAGCUAUCCCACUAAUUACAGAUCAUACACACACAACUGGAGCUGACUCACCGGUAACAGCCCUGUCCACCCCAGGGUCCUUUGAAGUGGCUCGUCCACCUUUAGAUAUCAGUACACACGCACCAGCUUCAUUAUCAAGCACAAUUACGAGCAUUCCAAUGGAAAAUAUAGCCGAUAAACAGGCCAGUGUAUUGAGCAACGGCACAGUUUCACCUGUACCUGGACACCAGUCUAGCAUGAGAACAACUCAAGAAAAUACACCAUCAUGAUGCUGGUUUAUUUAAUAAAAUAAGUGUUACUGUUCAAA